UUUCCCCUUCUACCCUAAUUCCAAGAAGAGGACAACGGUGCCUUCAGUAGACACUCCUGGCUCCCCACCCCACCUCACAGAUGCAUUAGGAAGCCUCAGGUGAGCAAUGGCAGGCGCUGGUGAGCGCAAAGGCAAGAAGGAUGACAAUGGCAUUGGCACGGCCAUCGAUUUUGUGCUCUCCAAUGCCCGGCUGGUGCUGGGUGUGGGUGGAGCAGCCAUGUUGGGCAUCGCCACACUGGCAGUUAAGCGGAUGUACGACCGGGCAAUCAGUGCCCCUACCAGCCCCACCCGCCUAAGCCAUUCAGGGAAGAGGAGCUGGGAGGAACCAAACUGGAUGGGCUCUCCCAGACUAUUGAACAAGGACAUGAAGACAGGCCUGAGCCGCUCCCUGCAGACCCUUCCCACAGACUCUUCUGCCUUUGACACAGAUACAUUCUGCCCACCCCGGCCCAAACCAUUGGCCAGGAGGGGCCAGGUAGACUUGAAGAAGUCACGACUCCGCAUGUCCCUGCAGGAGAAACUUCUUUCUUACUACCGGAACCGGGCAGCCAUCCCUGCUGGAGAGCAGGCUCGGGCCAAGCAAGCCGCGGUGGACAUAUGUGCUGAGCUCCGGAGCUUCCUGCGGGCCAAGCUGCCUGACAUGCCGCUUCGGGACAUGUACUUGAGUGGCAGCCUCUACGAUGAUCUGCAGGUGGUGACAGCUGACCAUAUCCAACUCAUCGUUCCCCUUGUACUGGAGCAGAACUUGUGGUCAUGCAUACCUGGGGAGGACACCAUCAUGAAUGUCCCUGGUUUCUUCCUGGUUCGUCGUGAGAACCCAGAGUACUUUCCUCGUGGUAGCAGUUAUUGGGACCGAUGUGUUGUAGGUGGCUACCUCUCCCCAAAGACAGUGGCAGACACCUUUGAGAAGGUGGUGGCAGGCUCCAUCAACUGGCCAGCCAUAGGGUCCCUCUUAGACUAUGUGAUCCGACCAGCACCACCCCCAGAGGCCCUGACACUAGAAGUUCAGUAUGAGAGGGACAAACAUCUUGUCAUUGACUUCUUGCCAUCAGUGACCCUUGGUGACACUGUCUUGGUGGCCAGACCACACCGGUUAGCUCAGUAUGACAACUUGUGGCGUCUGAGCCUUCGUCCUGCUGAGACAGCACGCUUGAGGGCUUUGGACCAGGCGGACUCCGGCUGCCGGUCUCUGUGCCUCAAGAUCCUCAAGGCCAUAUGCAAGUCCACUCCAGCUCUGGGCCACCUCACUGCCAGCCAGCUAACCAAUGUCAUCCUCCACUUGGCCCAGGAGGAGGCUGACUGGUCUCCAGACAUGUUGGCUGACCGCUUUCUACAGGCCCUGAGGGGACUCAUCAGCUACUUGGAGGCUGGAGUCUUGCCUAGUGCCCUGAACCCCAAGGUGAACCUGUUUGCAGAGCUCACCCCUCAAGAAAUAGACGAAUUGGGAUAUACCCUCUACUGCUCGUUGUCUGAGCCGGAGGUGCUGCUGCAGACGUAGGGCAGGUACAGGCCCAGACUCUCCCUCCGUUAGAAACACUUGGCUUCAUGCUUGGUGCCUCACAGGGUCCCUAGGUGCCUCCUCUUUUGCUGGUAAUGGUCCUGGUCACUUCACGCUGAUGAGAAUGACAUCCCUUCGGUUUUCCCACACAUCCCUAUUUUUUAACCAAACACUGUGCUCCCUACUUGCCGCCUUACUCUAGGCUGAUUUUUUUUUCCCCUUUGGAACAAACAGAAGGUGUGGAGUGCUGGCCUCAGCCUUUGGGUGUUUUGUUUUUGGCCCAGAUUUCUUGCUUUUCUGUCUGCUCUGUCCUAUUCUGCCCCUUGGCCUCUCGUUCGCUGUCAUGUCUUUCUCUUUCUUGGUCACACCUGUGGCUCUUGUCCCCAGAGCACAUUUGCCUAAUGAAGAUGUUGCCAGUAGUUGAUGUCACAGCAGAGUGCUUGCAUGUUUGCAAGCUGAGCUCUGUAGAGUAAUAAGACAGUAUUUAGGUUUCUGGGGUGCGGCUGGCAAAGAAACCUCUGCCCUAGCAAAUACGCCUUUGACCCCGGUUCCUGGAAAACAAGCUCAUCUCCCCUCCCUUCCCUAAGCAGCUCCUGUUUAUCUGAGAAUUUUGAAUGUGGGGAUGGUACAUUGACCCACACUGGAGGUGCAAGAUGCAGCUAUUUUAUUGGAGGACUAUUGAGGUACUUCUUUAUGGCUAUCAGUGAAAGCACAGGGCUGGGGUCUGAAGCUGAUUUGGAGAGCCUUUGUGUUCCCACUGUUUGUUUCUAUAUGUCAUCAAAGUCACACGACAGGGAAGGCUUGGGGAUUUCACAGGCAGUACCUCUAAGAUGCUGGUUUCCCCUUAAUUGUGGUAGAAGAUGGCCUUGCUUUAGCCACAGAGGCCAUGGGAAGGCAAAGGAGGCAGAGUGUCAGCUGGAACCCAGUGACUGACAGACUGACAGACUUCCUUGACAGACUUUACCUUUCUUAGGUGUUGCCUUAGAGCAAGAACAUAUCCAGGGCCAGUACCUCCACCUGACCCUAUCCUUAGGAAAGGAGAGUGUUUGCUGAGCACUGUAGGCUCCUCCACAGACCAGAGGGCACAUGACCAUGCCAGCUCCAAUCCCUCACUUGACUCCUGGGGAGAUUGGUGCUACCUAGGAAGAGAGUACAUAGAUAAGACCCACAGAACAGAGUUCGGGCUUCCCAUGUUGCUGCUGAGAUUGCUAUUUAUGGCCAUAUAAUCAUAUCCUAUGGGUGGGGGAAGGGACAUUUAAUAUGUCAUGUCAGUGUGUCCUUUUUCUUCCGUUCAUGACAAGAGACUGACAGUAACUCUGGUUCUGACUUGCCCAUCUAGUAUUGUGUUCUCCCGUCAGGUCUUCUUCAUCUAUUCUUACUACCUCUCCAUCAGUGUGAUUCUGGUGACGCACUCUGUGACUGUGUUGGCCCUUCCUAAUGAGGGUGACACAAAUGACUAUAAAUAGCACUGACCCUGCAGCAAACUAUUUGAAAUUAGGGUAGAGACACACCCCCCUCUCCCCAUAGGAGGUUGAGCCAGGCUAUAUAUUUAGCCUUUCUUCCUUUUCUCCUAUAUAUGUGUAAAGACUUCUUCAGGAGUUUCUUUUUGAUUUGUGUAAGAUAGUAUGAGAAACUUGAUAAAGCCAAGAACCUUAACUGAAACAUGCCUCCCUGGUAGUUAAUAAAAGUGAAAUAGGAGCUGAAAACAUCUAUUACUAAGUUGGACUGAGUAGGCACAGAAGGGCUGGCAUGGAUGGUCCAAGGUUCUAGCUGCUGCCUGUUGGAGGGAGAGUUGAUAGAGUGCUGCAAAACCAGACUUUAGAUAGGAGCUAGAUUUCCUGUCAGAAGUAUUAUAAGACUCCUAAGCUGUCAUCUCUGAACUGAUUCCAUUUAGGAUGCCAGGAAGAGUGUAAAUGAACCCCAAAACUGAAGAUGCUCAAGGCUCUAAAAGUCCUAAGUCAGCCAUAUGUUACUGAAUUUAGGAAGAGCAAUGAAUUUAUCGUUUGUCAUUGUGAAUUUAGGGAAAUCAAUGAAUUUAUUGCCUGUCUUUUUGAACAGCUUUGACUUUGGACUAUGCUUUGCAAAACCAAAAUUCUGACUUGGCCCUUUUAUAAGCACGAAUCUCUUAGAAGUCUUCAGAAUAAGGACAGGUGGGGCCAGCUCUAUCCUGGUGGGUUUGUGGAUUAGCUGGGCACGCCUUCUUUGCUGUCAUUCUUGGUUAUAAAGUAUGGGAGGCAGCCACAUGUUCUGGGAUGGUUGGAUGGAAGAAAAGAUAUUCUGCCCUGCUUCCCUCUACUUUGUUGGAAGGCCCACUUGGCUGUGCCACUACUCUGCUUUUCUCUUCAGUUACCCCCAUUUUUGCCUGGAGGAAAUACCACUGUUCGGCCCCUACUUCUGCCUGGGAGGGAUUUUGACAUUGUCAAGAUUAGCAGACUAUGUACUUGACGCACGCCUGAAGCUGUACUUAUUACCCUGGUAAACAAGUAAAUCCAAGGGUUUUUGGUGGGUUCUUCUCUGUUGCCCUUUCCCAAAAAUGGAAUUCAGCAGUAUUUUUCUUCAUAUUAAUAGUUGAGACUUUAAAAAGAGAGAGAAAAACUCCUGGAGUGGCCCAUCAUCUGGAGUUGGCCCUGGCUGACUUUCUUCCACUGUAAUCCACUGAAGGGCUCGGAUGGUUAAGACGGGUUAGCUUUAGGCUGGGGUCCUGAGAGCAGGAUGCACCUUGUGUUCAGAGCCUUCUGCCAAGGUACACUUCCUUGGGAUUAUGACUUGAUAAGACCGAGAGCCUCUGCUGCAACUCCAGCUAUUUUAGUGUGAAGCUCAAGGCCGAGGUAAAGGAUGAGGCACUCAGGAACAGAGUUGACCCUUGUACCAGGCUAGGAGGUUAUAAGCCUCUCAGACGGAGUGCCCAGAAUACCAGCAUGUAGGUUCUGGAUUUAACUGCAGGUGGGGCGAGGUGGGUGUUAACUUGUAUUUUGACCACCUUGUAGUCUUUAAACCCUUGGUCUCUGAGGCCAGGUCCACAACUUGCCUUCCAGUCACUUGCCUGCCCUUCUGUGGUGGUCAUUGUGUUGAGCUGGUAGAAUGGAAUCAGUCACUAAUUUUUGUGUCCUGUCUUGGCUGGGUCUAUAUAGGAGUGGCUUAGCUCUAAGACCCAGAGAACCUUUAUUCCUCUUUCUCCUUGAAGGAGAGAAAUUGAACUGGUGAAAACAGCGUCUUCUGCAGCAUGGGAAGAAGAAAAUAAAAAUCUCCUUUCCAACAA